UUCUUCAGAAACAGCUCGUCAACAUCCUCGGUAGCUUGAUAGCCAACAUAGCCGAAAGAUUCAAGCUAUUUAUACGCUUUCGGUGUAUAUCAGCUACUGUGUUUGAGACACAGUUCUGUCGUAUCUACUUGUUAACCUAUUUAAUUUAAUAUCGACGUUAUAUUAUUUUGUAUUAGUCAGCUAUAGUAUCUGGCUGGUUAAGUUAGCCUAGUCGCUAAUGAUAUCUAGCUAGCUAACAUCCCCGAACAUGAGCUCCCUAAACAUCUCCCCUCCUGUUAAAGAAGAGGAGGUCUGCUGGACGGAGAAAGAAGCUCUGGGGCUGAACAUUGUCGUGAAAGAGGAGAAGGAAGAAGAGGAUGUCACAGUAAAACAAGAAGUAGAGGGUGAGGCUGUUACGGUGAAAAAAGAAGAGAAAGACGUUACAGUGAAAGAAGAGGAAGAGAAAGAAGAGGAUGUAGUUUUUGGAGUGAAGAUGGAAGGAGAGAUUACUGUCACAUUGAAAGAUGAAGAGGUGGAGAUAGGAGAUCUGAUUAACACCAGAGAGAAACGGGACUACCGUGGGUCAUCUGGGAAUCCUCAACAACCUCAUGAUGCUGACGAGGCAGAGAAGAGUCUCUACAGAUCAGAACACGUCAAGAAACACCAGCGGAGAUCCACAGGGAAGGGAACUCACUGCUGCUCUGACUGUGGGAAGAGAUUCACCUCAUCAGGCAUUAAAAUUCAUCAGAGAAUCCACACAGGAGAGAAAUCUUCCGGCUGUGAUCAAUGUGGGAAGAGUUUUGUUCAAUACAGCCAUCUGAAGAUACACCAGAGAACACACACAGGAGAGAAAUCUUAUUGCUGUACUCAAUGUGGUAAGAGUUUUAGUCAUUCAACCAGCCUGAUACCACACCAGAGAACACACACAGGAGAUAAUCCUUAUAGCUGUGAUCAAUGUGGGAAGAGUUUUACUCAGCUAAGCAUCCUGAUAUCGCACCAGAGAACACACACAGGUGAGAAAUCUUAUAGCUGUGAUGAAUGUGGGAAGAUUUUUACUACAUCUAGAAAUCUGACUCUACACCAGAGCAUACACACAAGAGAGAAAUCUUUUAGCUGUACUCAAUGUGGGAAGAGUUUUGUUCAAUAUAGCCAUCUGAAGAUACACCAGAGAACACACACAGGUGAGAAACCUUUUAGCUGUACUGAAUGUGGGAAGAGUUUUAGUCAUUCAACCAGCCUGAUAUCACACCAGAGAACACACACAGGAGAAAAACCUUAUAGCUGUGAUCAAUGUGGGAAGAGAUUUACUCAGCUAAGCAUCCUGAUAUCACACCAGAGAACACACACAGGCGAGAGACCUUAUAGCUGUUCUCAAUGUGGGAAGAGUUUUACUCAGCUGAGCAACCUGAUUUCACACCAGAGAACACACACAGGAGAGAAACCAUUUAGCUGUGAUGAAUGUGGGAAGAUUUUUACUACAUAUAGAAAUCUGACUCGACACCAGAGAAUACACACAGGAGAGAAACCUUUUAGCUGUACUCACUGUGGGAAGAGUUUUACUCAGCAAAGCAACCUGAUAUCACACCAGAGAACACACACAGGAGAGAAACCCUAUAGCUGUGAUCAAUGUGGGAAGAGUUUUACUCAGCUAAGCAACCUGAUAUCACACCAGAGAACACACACAGGAGAGAAACCCUAUAGCUGUGGUCAAUGUGGGAAGAGUUUUGCUACAUCUGGGCAGCUGACUAUACACCAGAGAACACACACAGGAGAGACAUCCUGUAGCUGAAAUCCAUGUGGGAAGAGUUUUACUCAGUCCAACAGCCUGGUACAACACCAGAGAACACACACAGGAGAAACCUCUUAGCUUUGACCAGAGAUAAUCUGAUUAAAGAUCUCAGAUCAAAUAUCAGAAUGUACAUACAGGAAGGAGUUGUUUCAUGAUAUCAUUGAAUUACUGUCAAUGUUUUAACAUUGUACUAGGAGUAUUUUAAUCAUGUCACAAUGUACAAGCCUAAAUGUUUGCCCCCUUAUCAAUUGAUAUCAACAUGAUAUGGAUAUUAGCGUUCGGGGGAAAAAUCCAGGCUCUGAAUUGAAAGUUGUGUUGAGUUGUGUUACACUUACCAUGUUGGUGACCCACUGCAGUUUUAUAAGGAGCUUGUUUAAAAAAUACAAAUAACAUAAUUAUUGUGGCAGAUGUUGGUGUAUAUAGCACAUGUUAUGUUUAGGUUUUCAAUUUAUCCCAAACUGUUUAUGCGAAUUGGUUAUUGAUUUGGACACGUUAACACUGUUUUGACAUUGGGCUUUUCCACCGAGCAAAAUGUCAUUGAAAAGAAGACUAUGUCCGACGUCCAAUAUACGUUCGGUUGAAAAUAUGUAUUUUGGGGUAAUUUUUCCAAUGACUUGAAAAUAACUUAAUUUCAACUUACUUGCAGGUAUCCUAGUGGUUAGAGCGUUGGGCCGUCAUUGUAAGCCAGAAUUUGUUCUUAACUGACUUAUUUACAAUGACGGCCUACCAGGGAGCAGUGGGUUAACUGCCUUGUUUGGGUGCAGAAUGACAGAUUUUUACCUUGUCAGCUCGGGAUCCAGUCCAGCAACCUUUCGGUUCCUGUUAAGUGAAGGUUAAAAUAAAUAAAUACACAUGGACACAGUAUAAUAAAUUGGUCUAUAAUCAAUUUUAUUAACCAUCAUUCAUCACUCCAGUAUUUCUUGACAACAUUCAAUUGCUAAUUGUCUUUAUUCCACUACUGAAGACGCAUGUCUCAAAUCACCUCAUAUUUCAAACAUUCAGCCUGACAAAAUAUACAUGUUUUAUUAUUCAAUGCCUGACAAUUAAGUGAAUUAUUGCUAAGACAUAUUAACAAAGGGGUGUACAUUUGAUCACAAUUUAUUGUGACUGCACGUUUUUCUGUAUUGGAGAUGGGUUUUGUUUGGACUCGUUCCAAGUGGACUAGAAGCUAGUGAG